AUGGCUACCUACAUAAACUGUACCUGCGGAGAUCCUUAUUGCGACGGAAAUGGCCCCCAGUGCUACCAUCCCUAUAACCAGGUCCAAGGAGCUCCUGAUAUCGAGGUGGCAUUCCUAGGCCAGUUGGGUACCCACCUGCAGCUUAUCCAGGAGUUGAGCCCCCGCUACCCGCCAGUGCGUGGUGAUCUAUACAGGAGGCGUCGUGGAUCUAGAACUCCAGACGACGAUGCCGCGGUUCAGUUGGCGCUACUGCAGUCCACCGAAGAUUUCGGGGGGUCCAGUGAUUACUCGUCUCCGUACACACCACUGGACUCACCUAUCAGCCGAAGCCCACUGCGUGGCGGCGAAGACGACUUCGAAGAGCAGCUACGGCGAGCAAUCUCCGAGUCCGAACGCGAAGCCGCUCGCGCAAGACGGACCCGCCGCAAUCCGCCCUCUGCGCGGCAGCAUCCCCGACGCUAUCCAACACCACCGGCUACUGCCGACGAUUAUGAGCAGCAGCUUCAAAGAGCUCUCGAGGAGUCUGCAAGGGACGCCGCUCCACCCCCUCGGAUACGACCGAGUGAGCCCGCGGCACACCAUCCUCGGGUACCUUUUCAUCAAUACCAGAAUGGUAGGCAAAUCGUGGACUCGCGAAUGCGAAGGUAG